AUGCCGGGGCUGAACCAACUCCUCUGCGGGAAUUUCCUGGGCCGGUUCCAUGACCAGCACGAGUCCCCGCCCGCCAGCGACGAGGAUGAGCAGAGCGACCGGGAUCUCAUGCCGCGGGACUACAAUCCGGCGCAGAAGACGGCCGUUCGCUUCACCCGGCUGGGCAACAACUGGGUGCAGUACCGGACCCCAAUCGUGGUGGAGUCCCGAGUUGGAAAGGAGCUGAUCCGGCGCCAGUUCGACGGCAUCCGCGUGCAGCGUCGGGAGGUGCCUCCGGGCAUGGCGCAGAAGCUGGCGGCGGUGAGCGUGCACACCGUGGAGAUCAUCCAAUGCAAGAUGAAGGAGGAGCCGCCGCUCAGCGAGAUGCACGACGUGGUGGUGCUGCGCCUGUCGCGGAACGAGCUCACGCGCCUGAGCCGGGCCAAGCAGAGCGAGAAGCCGUAUCGACUGGAGACCUUGGUGUGCGAUCGGAACAAGCUGCAGGUGCUCGAGCCAGGCGCGCUGGCUGGUUCCUUGGUGGCGAGCCUGCAGGUCUUGGACCUGUCGCGGAACCAGCUGGCGUUCCUGCCGGGGGACUUUGCGCAGAAUGCGCGCCAGCUGAGAUACCUGGACCUGUCCCACAACCAGCUUUUUGCGCUGCCGGACAGCAUCCUGGAGUGUUCGAAGCUGCUGGUACUGAAUGUGAACAACAACGAGCUAGAGAAGCUCCCCGACGGCUUGGGCGAGCUGAAGGGCCUCCGGAAGCUGAGCGCUUCCUUCAACGCCCUCACGGCGCUGCCGGAGACCCUCGGGGAGUGCCGCCUGCUGGAGAAGAUUCGUGUGGUCUCCAACAGCAUCACCGUGAUGCCUCAUAGCUUGCUGCAGCUUUGGAAGCAGCAAGGCGGAGUGUUGGAGGAGCUCCUGGUGGAUGGCAAUCCGCUGAUCCAGCCAAGCAUCACGGCCUUCCAGAUGGGGGGCUUGGACCGCGCCAUGAGCCUCUUCGGCGAGUGGGUGCGCAUGGAGAGCGAGGUUGCCUCCGAGAUCCACAGCGACAUGCCCCGGACCCUGGGCGGCGCGGUGUCGGUCUUCGAGGACGCUGAGAUCUUUGAGACGGACCUCGACGAGGAAGCCGCCCCAACCCCCGCUCGCGGGCGCUUGGAUUCGCAGAACCUGAACUUGGAGGAGUUGGACCUUGAGGUGGUUCAGGUCAUCGACGACUCAGGGAAGCGCGUCUCGAAGCUGCAGAUGUCGCAGAGCGACUUGCAGCGGCUCCAGGAGGGCAGCUCCAAGAAUGGGGUGGCCCCGGUGCCAGACUUGUAUUACUUCUCCCAUACCCAGGGGGACAUCCACGAGAUUUUGGCCAUUCGUAGCGCCGAGUCCACGUUGUUGCUCUUGAAGAAGCGCAGCUUCGUGGUGAAGCAGAGGGCCAUCGCCAUCCAGCUGGCCUCGGAGGUGGCGGACGCGGAGACGUUGAAGAAGGACUACACCCCGGCGCCUCGGCAAAUGGGUCGAGUCGAACGGUCGAGCGGUCGAGUGGUCGAGUGGCUGGGCGGUCGGUAG